UUUCCUGUCAGUUUUUAAAACAACGGUAGAGAAAAGUAAACAUACAAAAGUUUAAAAGUUUUAUCUGGUUUUAUUAGAAUAACUUUAAAUUGAAACUAUUAGUAAAAAAUGCCUCUACCUCCAGCUUUGGCAGCCAAAUUAUCUAAAAGGGGGAUAAUAACACCCAAACAUAAACCGUCGGAACCAUUGAAAAAGAUCGACUAUAAAGGGCUAUCCACUUGUCCUAAUAAAAAUAAUAUUUUUCAUGAGUGUACUCGUUGGUGCGAAACACAUUGGAAGGGGGUCUUGACUCCUGAACCAAAAUACAUGCGUAAUAUGCAAAAGCUUCUAGCAAAGUUUCCUUUGCCAAAUAAUUGGACAGAAGUCUUUGAUAAAGGAGUGGGGCGUUAUUAUUAUUGGAAUAUGGAAACAGAUAUGGUAUCGUGGUUACCUCCUAAACAUCCAAAAGCUUUAUUAACUAGAAGUGCGGCUAAGCUAAGAGAGAGACGAAUACUCGCAGAAAAGGAGGAGAAAUUAAGAGACAAAGAUACUGCUAAAAAGGAUAAGGAAAAUGAUAGAAUUAGUGAUAAGGAGAAAGACAGAGAGAGUGAUGAGGAUGAUAGAAACCAUAGAUCCAAGUACGGUGAUCGAAGGGAUAGAGAUAGGGACAAAGAAAGAGAGGAUAGAAGGAAAAGGGACAGAGAUGAUCGGCACCGACGGGACAAAGAAAAAAGACAGAAGAAAGAUGAUCAGUUAGAUCCCAUGGAUCCCGCAGCAUACUCUGAUGUACCUCAAGGUACUUGGAGUGACGGCCUUGAAACUAACAAAAUCCGAGCAGAUAACACAGCAUCUGGCGUGCUGUUCCAACAGAGACCUUACCCAGCACCAGGAGCUGUUUUAGCAGCCAAUAAGGAUAAAGACAGAAAAAAAUAAAGUAGCAAAAAUUCAGCACUUCAAUUUUUAGGAAUAAAAGUACUUUUGUGUUGUGCUUCAUUCGGAACCUAAAAAUUAGUGGCAUAAAUUAGUGAAUUCAAUAAUGCUUUGUACUUAUGAGGUUAUUAUCAUUUCCAAUGUUAAAGAAAAAAUCGUAAUUAAAAUAGAAUAUCCUAGCAGCAGCUUGCGAUAGUCAGUUAUAAAUCAAUACACUUUUUAUUUCUAACCACAAUUUCUUUCGACAGAUGAUAAUCAAAGGGCAGAAUGACAUUACUCGUACAUGCGCAAUAGCCACUAAUUUUGACGUUCUGAAAGGUUAUAUUGAAAGUAGAGGAACAAACAUCUAUGCUAUUUGAAACCACUAAUUUUGAAGUUCUGAACGAAGUUCAAGUCACUAAGAAAAGUAUGAAUCGUAAUAAAAUAUUUCGAUUGUAAAAAAGAAAUUUCAAAUAAAGCAACAUGGAACUAUAA